UGUAAGUAGUACUGCUGGCUCGUCACAUUCAGAGUAUAACAACAUCUAAAAAUGCCUCCUCCGGGUGUGUGUCUGGAUAUCAUAAAGGAGCGGCAACACAAGGAUGGUGUGGGCACACUUAAGAAUCCAAACAAUUUCCAGAAUCAAGACUAUGAAAAUUUGCUGCAGUUUUAUCUUGCCGGACAGUGGAGAUUUAUUGAUGAAAUGUUUCCACCAGACAGAAGUUCCAUAGGAGAAAAUCUUUUGUCUGAGGAACAAUUAGCUCAAGUCGAAUGGGUCAGGCCAACGAGACUGGAGCAAAAUCCUUAUUUGAUUGUGGGUGGUAUUUCCAGGUUUGACUUUGCCCAAGGACAACUGGGAAACUGUUGGUUUCUUGCUGCAGUUGGUGCUCUAACAUUUAAGGAGAACAUACUACAGGCGAUAUUUCCUGCUGGACAGUCAUUUCAAAAGAAUUAUGCAGGAAUAUUUCAUUUCAGGUUCUGGAGGUUCGGGAAAUGGGUUGACGUUGUAAUUGAUGACAAACUACCAACCAUCAAUGGCCAGCUCAUUUUUGCAAAGCCUGUGAAAUGUAAAGAUCCCGUUCACUCCAAUGAAUACUGGCCUGCCUUGCUUGAAAAAGCAUAUGCCAAAGUUUGCGGGUCCUACGCAGACAUGCAGUUUGGCGCUGUCUCUGAAGCCCUGAUGGACUUUACUGGUGGGGUGUAUGUGACACUAAACCUUCAAAAUGGGGAUCCUCAAAAAGUAUGGGAGCUGAUCUAUAAUGCCAACAAAGCCAACUCUAUGAUGGGUUGUGGUACACCUGGACGGGGGGAUAAAAACCAAGUUCUGCCCAAUGGCCUUGUAGAGGGUCAUGCCUACACUGUGACUGGGGUCGCCAAGGUAAUAAGCCAGAACAAACCGGUUGAUCUGGUAAGGCUCUUUAAUCCUUGGGGAUCAGAGGAAUGGCGUGGAGACUGGAGUGACAUCUCACCAUUAUGGAGUACAGUAAAUGAAAAAGAGAAUUACAGGAAGGUUGCUGAAGAUGGAGAGUUCUGGAUGUCUGGGGAGGAUUUCUGCAAAACCUUUUGUCAGCUGGAUAUCUGCAGUGUCUCCCCUGCUUUCCUGGAUGGCUCCUCUGAAAAUCAUUGGACCUACAAAUCCUUUGAUGGCUCCUGGCUUGCUGGCAGCACAGCUGGUGGGCGCAUGGAGUUGAAAGACACUUUCUGGAGAAACCCCAAGUUCCAGGUCACAAUUAAGUCCUGUGAUAAAAACUGUGGACCAAACGUACUUCUGUCUCUCAUGCAAAAACCUGAUAAGAGGAACAGACGUCUUACCAGAAAACUGUUCAUUGGUUUCAGUAUUUUCAAGUUGCCAGAUGAGAAGGAAAAUUUAGGCGACAAGUCACCAGUCUCUUUGUUCAAUGACAAAACUUUAGUUGCUUGCACCUCAACAUUGUACGAUUGCCGUGAAGUGAUGAAUAACUGCAGACUAGAAGCAGGAGAGUACCUCAUUGUGCCAUACACCUAUAAUGCCAAUCAAACUGCCUCCUUUCUUCUGAGCGUCUGGUCAAAGACAGAAACCCACAUAAAUGAAACCUUCACCAGGGCCUUUGCUCAGAGGCAAUUCAGCUGUGAUGACAACCAGAAAGUUCCAGUGUUUGGCCAAGCAUCCAAUCAGUUUAAAGAAAUCAACGCAGAGCAGCUUCAGAAAAUUCUAAAUGAAAGAACUGGUGUGACUCAAGAAGAUGCACAAAGCUCUGAAGGCUUCAGCACCGAUGCGUGCCAGAGCAUAAUCGCAAUGAUGGAUCACUCCGUUACUGGAACCCUGAAUACAGAAGAAUUUCAGAAACUGUUGGAUAAAGUAGAUUUUUACAAGGAUCUUUUUAAGCGCAUGGACGGCAACAAAAACGCCAUUUUGUCUCUGAGAGAACUUCGACAUGCAAUGGAGGGUACAGGCUAUCAUGUUAGUGACCACUUGCUAAAACUUAUAAAUCUGCGCUAUGGUGACUACAGUGGAAAAAUCACUCUGCAGAGGUUCAUCCAUCUGGCUCUGCGUCUCAGAUGCAUGUCCAAAAUAUUUCAAACACUUGGUAAGGGACAUUCUAUGCAGCUUAAGGAACAUGAGUGGAUGUACCUCACUAUGUACUCCUAAAGAAACAGCAAGGAAACAUCAGCAGAGCAUUUAAAGCGGAUAAUGCUAAUGCAUAAAAUCAUCUUACAGACUA